UGGGCGGGACCAGGCCAGAGGCUCCGCUUAGACAGCUGAAGCUCAGCCAAUGGCGACAGGGCGGUAGAGUUUAGACUUCGGGGUAGAUGUGCAGUCAGUUCUGAAACCAUACCGAUUCGGGGAAACUGGGCAGUGUGUUACGAUUGUAGGAAUGGCUCUGUCACAGUGUCUAGACGAUUCCCCGGGACCCAGGAUAUUUCGGCGGGGCGGCGAUCUGCACGUCCAGCAGCUGUACGAUGAGAGGCACCGGCUUGCUCUGGAGGUGUUGAUCGCUGACGGCUUGCAGCCCUUUUUGUCUUUUCUGGAGAAAGAGAAAAUGCCCAACUUUCUCUCCGACGCCGAGAUCCGGUACAUUAGCAGCGCGGCCGUGGUCCCUCGCUGCGCGUCCCUGGAGGACUUGGGUCCGGAGCAUUCCGUCAGCGGCUCCAUGGACUGCUCCUCUGUCACCUACUUCCCUGACGUGUCGGAUGUGGAACCCCCGCUGCUGGAGCUGGGCUGGCCUGGCUUCACCACCGGCUCCUUCCGAGGGGUCACCCGGGCGGUUGCCCAUUUCCAGCCUAGCUACGGAGAAUGUAUCUACAGCUGCAAGGAAGCUGCCAGAAAGAUGAUCAAAAGCGCCAAGGAGGUUAUCGCUGUGGUAACCGACUCCCUGACGGAUGCGGACAUCUUCCGGGACCUGCAGGAGGCCUGCACGCAGCGGCGGGUCCCUGUGUACAUACUGCUGGACCGGGCCUGUGUGCCGGCAUUCCUGCAGAUGUGCGGCAACCUGGACAUCUGCCUGGAUGACCUGCAGCUCAUGCGCGUGCGGACUAUAACCGGGGCAACCUACUUCCUGCGGUCUGGAGCCAAGCUCACGGGGCAAGUGCACGAGCGCUUCAUGCUGAUCGAUGGGAAUCGAGUGGCCACCGGCUCCUACAGGUUCACUUGGACCGAUGGGAAGCUGAACAGCAGCAACCUCAUCGAGCUGUCGGGCCAGAUAUCGGAGAAAUUCGAUGAGGAGUUUCGGAUCCUCUAUGCACAGUCCCUGCCCCUGGCCUCGUACCCGCACACGCUCCCCGACACCAAGAACCGCAUCAAGUCCGACUCCCUCAUCCAGAAAAAAGUGCCCCCGCCUUCCCCGUUAAUGCCAGCACUACAGCUGGCAAGGGCUGCCAGCACUCCCAGCCGAGCGCCACCUGCCGGAGCAGCACCCCCCAGCAGCCCAGGGAGCGGCCAGGAGAGCCCGGCAUCCGACAUCUCCACCAUCGGGGAGGACUGGAUGGAGCAGGCACAUAUGCGGGACGUGCUGGGUGGUGCUGGGCUGGCUGCGGGAGUAGAGCUUGCCUUUGCUGCCCCCACCUGCCAUGUCGCCACCCAGACCGACUUCUCCACCGAGGAACGGUGCUCACAAACGGCUCAGGAGGCUCAGCCAGACCCGGCUGCCCCAGAACCCACCUCACUCCCCUUGACCCAUCCAGGCUCACCCCCCCACAGGCUCACUAUAUGCCCCCCCAUUCCCCGGUGCUCCCCCCCUGGUGGCCACCUCAGGGACUGCUUUCUCAAGCUCACAAAGGAGCGGCAGUACCAUUACUCAGCCAUCCGCUCCAAGCUCGACCACAUGGUGGCACUCUUGGCCCAGAGGCGUGAGCUGGGUGACCUCACCAACCUGAAUGUGGGUCCCGGCCUGCUGAGGGUGUGCAAAGAGCCAGUUCGAGGUCCAGUGGCAGACGGUCUGCUCAUGUCGCCCUGGCCCAAGGCCCGAUGCCUCCAUUAGGGGGGUAACAGUACCCUGGCCGCCGUAUAUGGGGGCCUGAGCUCACAUCGAUCUGGGUUUAUAAGCACUGAACUACUGUCUUCCCACUAUUAAGCUGUACGGUACGGAGUAGCGUGGGUAUUGCCGGCCUGCAUGGCAUCUGACAUGUCCUGCUGACAAACGGUGUGGCUGCUGGGGUAUGUUUCUCCUGCUGGCUGAACCCUGUCCCCUAAACCCUACAUCCCUGUCCCCUAAACCCUACAUCCCUGUCCCCUAAACCCUACAUCCCUGUCCCC